UGACACAGCAGAGUUCCUCUCAUGGUACUCUGUCGUAGGCUUCCUCUCGGUCUACAGAGACACAAAGUAGCUCCUUCUGACCUCUGUACUUUUCCAAGAGCAUCCUCAAGGCAAAUAAUGCAUCUGUGUUACUCUUUCUCGGCAUGAAACCAUCCUGUUGCUCGCAGAUACUUACUUCUGCCCUGAGUGUAGCCUCCACUACUCGUUCCCAAAACUUCAUUUGUGUGGCUCAUCAUCUUUAUUCCUCUGUAGUUUCCACAGCUCUGAACAUCCCCUUUGUUCUUGAAACAGGGGGGAGUAGCACACUUUUCCUCCAUUCUUCUGGCAUCUUCUCUCCCGCUAGUAUUCCUUUGAAUAAGUUGGUCAAAAACCCCACAGCCACCUCUCCAAGUUGCUUCCAUACCUCCACCGGUAUGUCAUUGGGACCAACUGUCUCUCCAUUUUCCUUUCUAACUUCCGCCUUACUGAUCGUUGCCACUUCCUGGUUAUAAACGUUUCCCUUCACCCUAGCGGAGAAGACUCUUCUGUCACAUAGAACACCGGACACCUUCCGCCAACUGUUCCACCCCACUUGGACCCGUUUCUUCACUUCCUUACCACACUCUGCAUUGCUCUGGAUUGUUGACCCCAAGUAUUCUGUUGAAUAAGUUGGUCAAAAACCCCACAGCCACCUCUCCAAAUUGCUUCCAUACUUCCACCGGUAUGUCAUCGGGACCAACUGUCUUUCCAUUUUCCUUUCUAACUUCCGCCUUACUGAUCGUUGCCACUUCCUGGUCCUUCCCGCUUGCCUCUUCUACUCUUCCUUCUCUCCCAUUUUCUUCAUUCAUCAACUUCUCAAAGUACUUUUUCCAUCUCGUUAGCACGCUACUGGCACCAGUCAAGACAUUUCCAUCGCUGUCCUUAAUCAGGCUUACCUGCUGCACAUCCUUCCCAUCUCGAUCCCUCUGUCUGGACAACCUGUAGAGAUCCUUUCGUAUCCAAGCUGUUGUACUUGUCGUCGUAUGCCUCUUGUUUAGCCUUCUCUACCUCUACCUUUGCCCUACAUCGCCCCUCCUCCGUCCUCUCCGUGUCGCAGUUCUUCUUCGCUCGGAUGACUUCCUGUGUUUUGCGGUUCCACCACCAAGUCACCUUCUCCCCAUUUCCUAUUAGAAGGCACCCCAAGUACUCUCCUGCCUGCCUCUCUUGAGUACCUUGGCAGUAGUAUUCUCUGCUAAAGCUCCUUUUACAAAUAAACAGCUUGCAGAUUAAUACUUGUUCGUACAGGUUCAACCUUCAAUGGUCAUUUUACGUUGGCGUUUGGAGGUUUUCGGUUGAAAACCUCGCUUCCGUGCCGUUGUGUAAGUUUCCGCAACAGGUGGCGUUGGAAAGUCCGAGGCGCGCGUGAAGGCGGCUCGCGCUCCCGCCUCCGUCCUCCUCGUUCCUCCCUCCCCGCCCCUGAAGGCAUCACUCGUGUCUUUUGUAAGCUAUUUCGCCGCCGCCGCCGCCGUCGCCGCACUCGCACCCGCACUCGGCGACUCGACUGCGGCCGCUGCGGUCAUGUUGGCCCAGAAGCUGUCGAUGUACGUCCGGACCGGCUUCAUGCUCCUCUACGUGCUGUGCUUGAACGUGGUCCUGCGCGUCGUUCACUGGAUCUCGCCGGCCCUGGCCAAGAAGGCGAUCCUGAAGUUGAACGAAAGGACCACGAUGAACCAGAAUCCCAGUUUCACGUACGAGGACUGGGGGCCCACGUUCCUGACCUCCAAGUUCGUCAAAACGGCGGCGGAGCACAUGUGGGCGUCCCUGGGGCAGAAGGCGUUCGUCGGGGGGCGAGCGCCGGACUCGCCCGUGGUCACCAUGGACGGCCGGCAGAGCAGCAUCGGCAACUUCUUCCGAGGUUCGAGGCCUCUGGUGCUGAGCUUCGGGAGCUGCACCUGACCGCCGUUCAUGUUCAAGCUGGACCUGUUCAAGGAGCUCGUCCGGGACUUUGGCGACGUGGCCGACUUUCUGGUGGUCUACAUCGAGGAGGCGCACUCGACGGACGGCUGGUCCUUCACCAACAACAUCCAAGUCCAGAAGCACCAGACCCUGGAGGACAGGAUGGCGGCGGCGCGCAUCCUCAUCAAGGAGGACCCGCUGUGCCAGGUGGUGCUGGACCCAAUGAGCAACGCCGCCUCCGUGGAGUACGGGGCGCUGCCCGAGAGGCUCUACGUGCUGCGAGAGGGCAAAGUCCUCUACAAGGGGGGCAUGGGGCCUUGGGGCUACAAACCGCAGGAGGUGCGCUCUGUGCUGGAGAAGAUCAAGUAGGACGCAAAAUGCCUCCCGCGCUUCGCGGUCUCCCUUUUCCGCUCGCUAAUCCUUACUAGACGGCGCUCGCUAGUCGCAGUUUUUGUGUUUUUUUUUUUUGGGGCAGCCAGCCGGCCGGCAUGCCCCCCCCCCCCCCUCGCCAUGGCAACACGCGCUCACGCUCAAAACUCUCGCGCGGCGUGUCCCCCGAGCUGGACCUGGUCUCGGCUCGUCUGCGUUUCUUGGUGACGGCCGCAGAUAAAACCGCGCGGACUCUGCGCCCCGAUAGAGCGAAACGCAGACUUUUGGAGAUCAGAUCGCGGCCGCGACUCAACGGCGGGGAAACGUAGACUCGCAAGUGCUGAGCAAAUUUAUUACCAAAUGACUUUGUCCGAGGGCCAAAUCUCGGACGGCUUGAAGCCCGGAGAAAAACAGUUGUAAUAUAAGAAUAAAGUUCCAUUUUUCUUCAAGAAACAAAGAGUUAUCUUUCAUCUUUAACACGAGCAAAGACCUUUUUUAUCAGGAUUAAAAAAAUCCUAAUCCCACCGGAUUAAAAUUGUCAUUUUUUUUAAAGGAUCGAGUGAAAAUAUGAAAAGCAUGUAUUCGAGUUUAAUAAGGGAAGAACGUCAUUCUGAACAAGGGAUUUUCAAGAUGAAACUUUAUUUUUUAUUGUAUUUUGUUUGUAAAUAAAAUGAAAAAGGAAAAUUCUUGGAGAAAAAAAAAAAACAAUACCGUAUUUUGCGGCCUACUGAGAUCACCUGGUGAUAAAUCUCGCUACACAGAAAGUUUAACGCUAACGCGGCGCUGUUAACGCUAACGUGACGGUGCUAAUGCUAACGCGGAGCUGUUAACAGUAACGCGCCGGUGCUAGCGCUAACGGGGCGGUGCUAACCCGGCAGUGCUAACGCCGCGGCGCUAAGACUAACUUGUAGGCCGGGAAUUACGGUACUUAAUUAUCGUAUCAUUAGGCCUUUUCUUCCUUCACAAAAAAAAAAAAAAAACAUAAAAGUUUAUGAAUGCAGGGACGUCAGAUUUGACACCGGAAUGUCCUAAAGUCGGCCAUUUUGAUUUGAAUCUUUUUAGGUUUUUAAAUUAGGAUUGUGCUAAUAAAGUUGUUGAGCACUGCGAAUGUUUACGUUUUGACAGUUCAAGAACGACUCUGGAUUAUUAUUAUUAUUUUUUUUUUUUUUUUUUUUUUGUAAUAGGGGAUGCCGCCUGUCGGCAUUUACCUUCAAAAUAAAACGACGCGCCAAAUCUCUUCACACUCGGCCGCUUUUUACAUGACGAUUGCGGCGCAAACCUCCGGGAGCUCAAAUCCGAAGGCUUGAAAGUUGAGCCGCCUGUGAUGGAUCUUGGCUGUCUUGCAUCUAAUACAUUUUUUUUGUAUUGCAGUGUCAUAAAAAUAAAAAGUGCUCUCCACGUUGAUGCGAUGCUCACAUUUG